AUGGAAGGAAAAAUUCCUCUAAUUAUUAAAUGGAGCGGCAAAGAGUACGAAGUGUAUGUGUCGGAAAACGACAGUGUGGCUGACCUGAAGAGGGAAAUUCUGUACAAAACCGCUGUCCGUCCAGAGCGACAGAAACUACUCAAUCUCAAGCUUAAAGGAAAAGGGUCGGACGAAGAAUGUAAAAUAGCAACUUUGAAAUUGAAACCCAACUUUAAGAUCAUGAUGAUGGGCUCACUUGAACAAGAUAUUGAAGCGGCUAAUACUGCCCCUGCCAAUGUUUCUGAAGUGGUUAAUGACUUUGAUAUUGAAGAUGAAGAGAUAGCCAUAGAAUUCCAAGAGAUUUACCUCAAUAAAGUAGCGAAGCGAGUUAAAGACUAUGAAGUGAAAAUACUCAAUGAACUGAGACCUGGCAAGAAAUUGCUGGUUUUGGAUAUAGAUUACACAUUGUUUGACCACAGGACAACCGCACAAUCAGGCGCGGAAUUAAUGAGACCGUAUCUGCACGAAUUCUUAACGAGCGCUUAUGAAGACUAUGAUAUUGUGAUUUGGUCAGCCACCAGUAUGAAGUGGAUAAUCGAAAAAAUGAAGCUUCUGGGAGUGGAUAAACAUCCCAGCUAUAAGAUCGCCUUUUAUAUGGACUAUUUAGCAAUGAUCUCUGUAAACACACCAAAAUACGGCCUAAUUGAUGUCAAGCCUUUAGGUGUAAUUUGGGGAAAAUUUGAACAAUUCACUACGAAGAAUACCAUAAUGUUCGACGAUAUUAGAAGAAAUUUCAUCAUGAACCCUAAAAACGGGUUGCGUAUCAAACCAUUUAGGGAAGCUCACGUAAACAGAUAUAAGGAUGACGAACUUCUUAAGCUCGGAAAAUACUUGAAAGACCUUGCAGAGCACUCCAGCGAUUUUUCCACCGUCGUUCAUCGACAUUGGGAGAAAUAUAAGCCCAAGAAGAGACGGCAUGCUACAGACGGGCGGGAUUGCAAGGAUAACAAAGAAAAAGAUAGGCCAGGCGGGGCAGCAGAAGGCUAGAAAACGUUGCUGUUUACCUCAAAGUAAGAAAAUGUGCUAUGUAUUUUGAAUAUUAAACCCUUUACCGCAA